CUGGUGUGUGGCAAAACUACUGGGGUUCUAAUAGGAGUGAUGGGUAGGCAACCUUGUUGUGACAAGCUUGGAGUGAAGAAAGGGCCAUGGACGGUUGAAGAGGACAAGAAAUUGGUCAAUUUCAUCCUCACCCACGGCCAAUGUUGUUGGCGUGCCGUCCCCAAGCUUGCCGGCCUACGCCGCUGCGGCAAGAGCUGCCGCCUCCGCUGGACUAAUUACCUCAGGCCCGACUUGAAACGAGGCCUGCUUACCGAUGCUGAGGAGCAACUUGUUAUUGAUCUUCAUGCUCGUCUUGGAAAUAGGUGGUCGAAAAUUGCUGCAAGAUUGCCCGGAAGAACCGAUAACGAGAUCAAGAAUCAUUGGAACACCCACAUCAAGAAGAAGCUUAUUAAGAUGGGUAUUGAUCCAAUCACGCAUGAAUCUCUUCAUAAGGAAGCUACCCCACAAGAUCAAGCCCUCUGUCACGCUAAUGAUCAAAGAGAUAUGGAAGUCAGUCAUGCAGAAUCACCAAAAGUAUAUGGCUCAAUCUCCUCCAGCACCGACAGUUCUAAUGCCCCAACAGAGAACUCCUCGACAACCGAUGAAUCUCGGUCGUCGGACCCCGGUGAUAGUGACCUAUUGAUGAGUACUCACAUAUGGUCAGAGACCUUUCUUGACGACUCGUUCUGGAAUUCCUUAGGCACUAGAGAUCAGAGCUGCAGUAGUAAAGACAUUGGAUUGCCAACAUCAGUGGACAUUUGUAACUCUGAUCAGUGGUUAUUGGACUACAAGGAUUUUGGAGAAGAGGAUUUUGGGCUUGGCUUUUUCAGUGGCACGGACAUGAAUUCUCUAGACAUGGGUGGUUGCCACUGACCAAGCUCAAAACAGCACCUGAAAGGGUUACUUCAUAAUUGGACACUUUUUGGUCCUAAUUCUUCCAAUUUCCAAUGUCUGUUUAAUACAAUUUUAGAAACUUUUAGCAACAUACAGCAAGUUGUGCAUUUAGAAAGCUUACAAGAAUUCUAGCUGCUCAUGAGUCCCAUCAAGGAAAUGGGUAUAGCCAUCAAGUAUGGGUUGGAAAAGUUUGCUUUUUUCCCAAUAUAUAUGGGAGGAUACCCAUCUAUCAAUCUUUCUGUUCCAGUACACAAGAUUGGAGCCAAUUCAGGGUUUCUAAAUGCAUAGGAUAAUGCAGAUUAAUGCUACCCAUACCCCCCCUUUUUAUCUUUUCAGAUUUUAGACUUUGUUUUGUAAUAAUGCUACCAAAAAGCUCACCCCACUCAAAAGAGAUGUGUGGUUGAAGCACAGGUGCAUGACAGGACCCCUAUGUAAAUGGAUGGUAGUCUGUAAACAUGUGUAAUGCAGUAAGAUAUUGCAUCCAACUUCUAUAAUAAUAAUAAUAAUAAUCGC